AUGGACGAUGCACCUCCGCCUCCGCCUCCGCCCUCAUCUCGUCGAGAAGAUGAUACUUCGCUACCAAGUCCUGCAAUGCCGCCUCCACCUCCGCCCCCACCUCCACCUCCACAGCUGUCCAAACCGUCAAGACCGGCGAGUACAGUACCUCCACCUCCUCCGGUGCCUUCUGGAGCUUUUGAGCCCAUAGACAAAGCACACUACUGGCAGUUCCUCAAAGACACGAAAGCAAACAUGCCUGGUGAACCCUUCCAACCAUUCCAUAUGUUCUUCUACGGUUCGCUCAUGGAUCCUGAGGUCCUCCAAGUAAUCCUCGACCUCCCAGAACUCCCGACUACAAGGCCUGGUACCAUUUCUGGUUUCAGUAUCAAGAUGUGGGGCAUAUAUCCAACAUUAAUACCCUGCCACUCUGGAAGCGUCACUGGAACUGUGUGGGAGGUGACCUCGGAAUCCCAAUUCGACCGUUUGGCGGCUUACGAGACUGCCGCUUACAGAUGGGACGAGUGUAAUGCAGUUUUAAAAGAUGGAGAGGUCAUCAAGAACUGUCGGACGUUCUGCUGGGCAGGUGAACCUAACAGUAAGGAACUUGAAGACGGUAGUUUCGAUCUGGAACGCUACCAGAAAUACUUCAAGUCUUCUGUUACUAGGCGGCGUUCGCCAUUACCGUAG